AAAGACAACAUAACAAGACAACGAAGAAGAAGCUGGGAAAAACUGUCUGCGCGCGCACGAUUUAGUUCAUCUUGAGGUAAAAUGGCGACGGCUGCCAUUUCCACGGAGUUCAAGAAAAUAUCGGAUUUAAGAGUUGUUGACCUUAAAUCCGAGCUCAAACGAAGGAAUUUGGACACUUCUGGUAUAAAGAGCGUUCUCCUCGCUAGAUUGAGACAGGCUCUUGAGGAUGAAGAUGGUGACACAGAAAACAUUCAAAUCCAGCUUUCAACUGACUCAUCAACUCGGAAAGGUGGGAAAGCUAAAGGACAAGGUAAAAAAGUGGAUUCAGAUGGGGACACCACAUGGGAAGAAGAUGUGUCUUCCAAGGAAACUGAAGAUUAUGGAUCAGAAAAAGAUGUAACUGAUACAGAUGAUGGUACUCGUGAAAAUUCUAAGCCUGCCCCCUGUGAGGACAGCCUCGCUCAGUCUGAGGCUGAGGCCCUGGUUGAGGCUGAACCAGAGUCAGAAGCUGUGGCGGCUGAUUCAGAGCCUGACCCAGAGGUGGAUGCUGAGCCAGAUGUCCAUACAGAGCCAGAUGUGGAUGAGGAGGCUGAGCCAGAGGUCGAUGCAGAUGGCGAGCCAGAGGUGGAUGAGGAGGCUGAGCCAGAGUUCGAUGCUGACCCAGAGGUGGAUGAGGACGCCGACCCAGAGGUGGAUGGGGAGGCCGAGCCAGAGGUGGAGACCGAACUGGCUGAGAUGGAUGCUGAAGCCAUGAAUUCCUCUAAAGAAGCUGAGGAUGAUCACCUAUCUGUCUCAAUCCCAAAUGAAGACGCCAUCACCCUAGAUGUUGAUGGUGAUGAUCUCCUGGAAACAGGUAAACAUAUGAGACUUCCAGAUCCAGAGGCCGAGAAGGGCAAUGAUGAGCUAGAGGCCUCUGCUGAGACGGGCCCAGAUGACGACAAGAAGGUGGAAGAGACCGAGGGACACAAAGAUGGUAAGAAAGAUGAUGGAUCCAGGGGUGAGCCCACGAAGAAAGACAGCAGAGAGGCCCUGAAGAAAGCUGAAACGGGAGACAAAGAAAAGGAUUCUGGGAAGAAAGGCCCCUCCGCUACUGGGGCAUCAGGUCAAGCAAAGAGCUCUUCAAGAGACAGAGAUGGAAAAGCUGCAAAAGAUGAAAAGGGAGUCAUCAGCAGUAAUAACAGCUCUUCUCGUAACAUUUGGGUGAGCGGCCUAUCUUCAAACACCAAAGCAGCUGAUUUAAAGAACCUGUUUGGCAAAUAUGGAAAGGUUUUAAGCGCCAAGGUGGUUACAAAUGCUCGCAGUCCUGGUUCAAAGUGUUAUGGCUUGGUGACGAUGUCUUCCAGUACAGAGGUGACGCGCUGUGUCUCCCACCUUGACUGCACAGAGCUCCACGGACAGAAGAUAUAUGUUGAAAGGGCCAAAAAUGACCCGUUCAAAAAGGAAGGCUCAAAAAAGGAAGCAGAGGACAUUGCAAGUUCCAGCAAGUCAAGUGAUAAGCGCAGUUCUACAGGAAUAAAACCAACUAACAAAGCACAGCCUUCUCAUAAAAAAGAGGACAAGAAAUUGGAUAAACUCUCAGAAAAGGAAAAGGACUCAUCCAAGAAACAGGAGGCCAGAAGUGGAAAAUCUGAGUCUGUUUCAUCUAACUCUGGGCAAGAGUCUUCGAAAAAAGAUGACAGAAAGCAUGGGUGGACAAAGAGCCCAGGCAAGAUGGUGGUGGCACAUUAUCCCAGAGGAGAUUCUAAUUUUGGCAAAAUGAGACCUUUCAGAAGGGGCAGGUACUUUGAUAAACCCUUUGUCAACAUGAAUGUUCAAAGGCGGCCAAAAUGGUUAAUUCCUCCCGAAGAGUUAGAGAUUAUGAGAGACAAACAGAGACCUUUUAUCAACAAGGGGGAAGACAUCCUGCCUUUUGAGAAGAUGAAGGAGCAGAGGAUGCGUGAACGGGUGGCUCGUCUGGAGCGUGUCCGCAGAGCCAUAGAGUUGCGCAGGCGGCGUGAAAUUGCCGAACAAGAACGCCGGGAGCGUGAGCGCAUCCGUCUAUUACGCGAGCGUGAAGAACGGGAGAACCUUCUUCGGGAGCGCCAGAGACUUGAGCUGGAAAGACAAAAACUAGAGAGGGAGCGCUUGGAGAGGGAGAGGCUUGAAAGGGAAAGAAUCCGUAUAGAGCAGGAACGGCGUAAAGAGGCAGAACGCAUGGCACGGGAACGUGAGGAGCUGCGGCGGCAACAGGAGCAGCUCCGUUAUGACCAAGAAAAGAGAAACAACCUCAAAAGGGGCCGUGAAGUGGAACAUGGCCGGAGAGACGAUUCCUAUUGGAAUGGCAACAAGAAGAUGCAAGCUGACUCUGAUGCCCGUUUGAACCAAGGUUCCAGCUACAACCGGCAGCAGAAUCGCUUUUCAAACUUCAAUCCCCGAGAAAGGGGUCGCUUUCCAGAGGCUGCUGCAGAGCAGCCUAACACAUUUGACAGACGUAACCGGUUUGACGGUGAGCCAGAGGUAAAGAAGAGUCGCCCUGCUCCUCACAGAGAGAGCUCUGGCUUUGAGCGCUUCCCAAAGAACUUUGACACAGUCCGCAGAGCUGAGCCGCCGCCUCCUCCUCCGCGCACUGAGCUCCGGGACACAGACCGCAGGGACAGAGAUGAGAGGAGGCCUGUGUCCAUGCAGGAUCGCCCUAUGGGAGCCAGAGCUACAAUGCCCGGCAUGUCGCACAACCGCUCACCCAGGGAUGGAGGGCAUGGAUGGAAGAGUGAUGGUGGCAUAAACCCAAACAAGGGAGAUAUGCGUAAUGCUGGGUUAAGCAGAGGACCUAUGCGCAUGCGGGCAGAGCGAUCGGGCAGAGAUGGUCCGAUCCCUGUACUUAGAGGUGGCUCCUCGGCCAGCCGCGGAAGGAGCAGCUUUAAUGAUCGGGAUGGAGGGAGACCCAUGGUCAUGAGUGAUCAGCCAUUCAGCUCUGGUCGCCAGGUCGUGGUGGAGCGUCACAGUAGGGAUCAGGGACUGAGGAAGGAGUGGCACGGUGGAUCUAGCUCCCAGGGCAGGGGCUACCCUGAUAAUCGCCGAAUGGGAGCCAGCCGGGGCAGCAUGAUGGCCGCUUCGAGUCACUCUUCGUCUGGAAUGAACCGAAUUGUACAGAUCACCAACAACUCCAUUCCUAGUGGUGGCAACGUGGGGGGAUUCAAGCCCUUCAAAGGAACAUCGCGGCCGUUCUAACUGCAACCAAAUUCUGUCACUUUAAAGCACCUGAAAAUUUGAAGACUUUUGUUUUUUAAAGAAUAUCACCUGUUUUAGGUGGCACAUUUGUAGGCAUGAGGUUGAUCACACUAUCUUAUUUUGUAUUUACAAGUGUUUACCUCGCUGUAGGGUUUUCCUGACAGUUCAGCUGUUACCAUUUAACAACCCUGUGCACACGUUUUACUUAUAUUCACAGUAGGAAGAUAUUGUACAGCCCCUAGGUCUUUGUAAAACGUUUGUAAAAGUGUGUUACCAGCUUCUCCUGAGUGUCGUAUGUACAUUUUCAUUAACCUAAUGUCUCACUCAGUUUUCCUGUGUAAUAUUUCUUUUAGUGUAUUAUAGAACUCAUGAAGUGUAAGGGAUCAUUCACCUAUUUGGAUGAUUCUGUGAGGAAACGGAUGACAUUGGAGUAAUUUUAUUUUUUAUUUUGUAAAGUCAUACUUGCUGUGGACGUCCUGUUUUUGAAGAGUAGUUAGAUUUGCUAAAACAAUGUCAAACUGUAAUUUAGCCUGCAUUACAGCAAAACACCCCUCAUAUGCCAGUUGAAUAACGUACAUGAAUAAAGUUUGACUUUCAAAUAGUCACUGCAGAGCAUUCAAUGGUUUCCGAGUCCCUGAAAGGACCAUAACACAAAGUUUUUAAAUUUGCUCAUGGUUAUUCCCAUGAUUCUGCAAAUUAGAGUUUACUGAGUCAAAUACACAUCAUAUAUGCUUUUAUCAACCCUGAGGGAGAGGGCAUUUUUGCUGCAUUCAUGUGGUGUUGGAAAUAUCAAAAGAUUUAUCCUGACUGGGAAAAUUCACACUGCAUUAACAUUGUGAGAUGGAACAGUCCUUGGCAGAGGCCUGCACUCUCCAAAUGCCCUAGUUUGUUUAUUUUUCAUGGAUUUACUGACAGAAGUUGGAGCAACUAAAGGGGUCAGUGGCUAUAUGAUGCCAUCAACCGGCGACCAAGGAACACGCUCCGUGUCAUUGAAUAAAAAUGACAUAUUUCUCUUGAGUUUGAACAUGGUUGAAAAAUUUGGGCGAAUGUAAAUACAAGUCAAAUGUAUAACAAUCAUUUUUAGACAGUUUAUUGCAGAGAUAUUACAUACAUCUUUAAUUUAAGAAGCGUUAGUGUUUGUUUUCAGCUCUGCAUGUAUUCACUUUCCUACUCACGGGUCAGAAGUGGUUGAUUAAGCUUGAUCAAACUGUAGAAAACUGAUUGGUGUCAAAGCCUCAUUGGCUCCCUUUUGACCAUGGCCAGAUUAACCUUGGGUCAAAAUUUGAUGUGAUUUAUUGACCACCGCACCCAAUUGUUGACACUAAAGUUUAUGCUCAAUACGUUACUUCAAAGAUGAAUCUGAUCAAACACAUCAGGUUGUCCUAUCCUCAGCGAUCAGGGCUCAUUACAAACAACAACAAAGCAACUACUGAUCUUAGUCUUUUAAUAUCCAGGUACUUUAAAUCAGGUUGAAUGUCCCUCGUCUAUAAGGCAUUUUCUUUUCAUAUAUGUAUGUGUAUAUAUAUAUAUAUAUACACACAUACAUACACAUAAACACAAACACACGAUGUGACUGUGUGAAAGGCUACAUACAUUAUUUGGUCAUUUAUGUAAAAAAGAUGAACACUGAAAUCAACUCAAAUGAGUAUCCUCCCAUGUUAACAAACCCCUUCCUUGUGUAUAUAUGUUUUACGUGAAAUAUAAAGUGGAAAUUAUAUUCUUUGGGUCGUUGACACAAUUUUACUCUGCCUAACUUUUAAGUCCACAAAGUCGGAGUUUGAUAUUGCAUUAAAGAAAAUGUCUCUUUUUAGAUUGUUUAGCACUCUGGAUGUGGGUCUCAUGCAACAAGAAUGAACAUUUCCCUCUGCUACGAAGAUGACAACAUUGAAGCCUUAAAAUGCACCCUUCUCACUUUUUUUUGUUUGUCGAAGUUUAAGUGUAUUUGUGAAAAGUCGCGUAGUCAAAUAAUGGACCUUGGACUGAAAAAAUAACUACCUGAAUUAGGGGUGCACCUACACCAUUUUUUGCUGAUUGAGUCGAGUACCAGUGUUACAAACAGUCUACAUAUUUUCUUCUGUACUUUGAGAAAAACUGCUUCCAUUAGACCAUUCAAAUGACAACAUCUAUUGCUGUAAUUCAUAUCUUCCUCAUCUGUGUGCUGGUACUCAGGCCUCUUUACUGGUAGCCUUUUGUCUGGUUUAGAUGUACCACUAACCUGAAUAUAUCAAAUUGCUGCAAGUUCUUUUGAAGUGGUACUAUUUUUUAACAAAUGUACUUUCAUUUUAAGCCAA